CAUUGUGUGCGUGCCCCAAAAAUCAAAUUAAUGAUUAAGGAUAACAAGAGAAGUGGAAAACAUUGACAACCUGACUCAUUAAUAAGAUGGGCCUUCUCCUGUCAAAUUAAUUAACUGGCUAUUUUCUUCUCCUUUUCAGAAAGCCAUUGAACAUCAGCAAACAUGGGAGACUGGGGUUUUCUUUCCACGUUACUGGACAAGGUGCAGUCCCACUCAACGGUCAUUGGAAAGAUAUGGAUGAGUGUCCUGUUCCUGUUCAGAAUCAUGGUUCUGGGUGCUGGAGCGGAGAGCGUGUGGGGCGAUGAACAAUCUGGUUUCAUAUGCAAUACGCAACAACCUGGUUGUGAAAAUGUCUGCUACGACUGGAUCUUCCCCAUAUCACACAUCCGUUUCUGGGUCAUGCAGAUCAUCUUCAUCUCCACUCCAACUCUUCUGUACCUGGGCCAUGCCAUGCAUGUCAUCAGCCAGGAGAACAAGCUGAGAGCCAUUCUGCACAGCCAAGAAGAUAAUGGCACGUUGAAGAAGCCCAAAUACACAGAUGAAGCAGGGAAGGUCAGAAUUAGGGGAGAUUUGUUGGGCAGUUACAUGACCCAGCUAUUCUUUAAGAUCAUUCUAGAGAUCGCUUUUAUUGUUGGCCAGUACUACCUGUAUGGGUUUGUCAUGGUUCCCAUGUUCCCUUGCUCCAAAUCUCCCUGUCCCUAUACUGUAGAAUGCUACAUGUCUCGUCCCACAGAGAAGACCAUCUUCAUCAUCUUCAUGCUGGUGGUGGCCUGUGUGUCUCUGGCUCUGAAUGUGAUUGAGGUGUUCUAUCUGCUUUACACAAGAGUGAGAUGUGGCGGCUCCAAGGGGCGCACUCAUCACACUACGUCAGCAGCAAACCCCGCCACCCUCCACUCCUCUGGGUGGUCUGGUCGCGUGGAUACUGAGAUGGACCCACUGAAACAGAACGAGAUGAACCUGGGGUUUGAGAGUGGGCAGAGUUUAGGGGGUAGUCUGGAUGGAGCCACACAAGAGAAAAGGUUGCUAGGUGACCACUAAGACACUUGAAAGUUAAUUAGCCAUGAUUGUAUCUUGAUCUUUUGUAUUGUUGAAAAUCUGAAUGAAUACACUACCUGUUUUGCUUUCUUAUGUUUAUUGAUUUAAACGCAGUGCACUAGUAGUUAGUGUAUUUUAUGUAUUGAUGUUGAAUGUUUACUGUUCAAUUGUGAAUGUUUACUGUUCAAUGCCAAUACACCUUGAAUAGAAAUGCAAUUCAGUUAUUAUAUCCCAAUGGUAUGUUCUAUGUAACAUUUUCUGUUAUAGGAAGCUUUGGGAUUUUGUAAAUCUAUUUCCCCAGUCAGAUGAAUUCGUGGAUACUAUUUCUAUGUCUCCAUAUCCAGUAUGAAGGAAGUUAGAGGUUUAUUGAGCCCAUGCUAACUAGCGUUAGCACAAUGACUGGAAGUCUAUGGGUAUCUGCUAGCAUGGAGAAGUUGAUAAAGGGCCUCAUUGCCAAAAUCCCUACCACCUGGGGUCUUGAAAUUAUUUGUAUAUUGCCUGAUGAAUGUUAACAACUGAGAUAUUGUCUAUCCUACAAUACAAUCUAGAUAUGCAGUGUUUAUUUUUUUGAAGGAAUAAAUAAAAUA